UGAACAUUCCUCCGUAACUGACGUCCUAAGAAUUUACUUUCUGCUCUCUUCAGGGUGCUUGAUACCUAUUUAAAACAGACUUUUUCAAGCUCCUGUGAACAUUUUUCCGGUGUAUUUUAAUGGGACUGGAUUGAGUCAGGAGGAGAGCAAGGAGAAGUCUCACCUUUUAACCACAGGACGCCAAGGAUUUUCAUUACUUUUCCUUUCUGUUUCUUCCCACAUUGCACAGUUUUUCUUGCAGCUGCAAAAAUAUAAUUUAAAGAGAUUAAGUCUGUAACACUAUGAUCUUUUCCACUGUGCCUUUGAAGGUUUCUUAUACCAAACAGCAGACGUAUGUGUCCCCCUCCAAUCAUCAGAUGGCUCCUCCAAGCCCCAACAACAACAACAACAGCAACACCACCACCUCUACCAUCAGCAAUGGCAGCAGCAAUAGUGGGGGAGAGCAGCUGAGCAAAACCAACCUGUACAUCCGUGGCCUCCACCCAGGAACCACAGACCAGGAUCUGGUCAAACUCUGUCAGCCGUAUGGGAAAAUAGUAUCCACCAAGGCGAUCCUCGACAAGACCACCAACAAGUGCAAAGGAUAUGGCUUUGUUGACUUUGACAGUCCAGCCUCAGCUCAGAAGGCGGUGACGGCGCUGAAGGCGGGUGGAGUGCAGGCUCAGAUGGCCAAGCAACAGGAGCAGGACCCCACCAACUUGUACAUCUCCAAUCUGCCGCUGUCCAUGGACGAGCAGGAGCUGGAGAACAUGCUGAAGCCCUUCAGCCAGGCCAUUUCCACUCGCAUCCUCCGUGACGCCAACGGAACCAGCCGAGGAGUGGGCUUUGCCAGGAUGGAGUCAACAGAGAAAUGUGAGGCCAUCAUCCAACAUUUCAAUGGAAAAUAUAUCAAGACUCCACCUGGAGUUCCAGUGCCGCCAGAGCCCUUGUUGUGUAAAUUUGCCGAUGGAGGCCAGAAGAAGCGUCAGAGUCAGGGAAAAUAUCUGCAGAACGGCCGAACCUGGAUGAGAGAUGGAGAGACUGGAGGAAUGACCCUUACAUAUGACCCCACCACAGCCUUACAGAACGGGUUCUACUCCUCCCCCUACAGCAUUGCCCCAAACCGGAUGAUUGGGCCGACCUCCCUCUCCCCAUACAUGCAUUCACCUGUGUCCACCUACCAGGUACACAACCCAUCCUGGAUACAUCACCAGUCAUACAUUAUGCCGCCCACAGGAGCAGUCCUGACGCCAGGAAUGGAUCACACCAUGUCCAUCCAGCCAACCUCCAUGAUGGGGCCCCUGACACAGCAGCUCAGCCACCUCUCCAUGGGCAGCAGUGGCACAUAUAUGCCUGCAAACACAUCUAUGCAGGGGACCUACAUCCCCCAGUACACCCAAGUGCCUGCCACCAACAUCUCAGUUGAGGAAAGUGCCGUCCAGCAACCUGUUGCCAUAGAGACACCGACAGAACACACAACCUACUCCUACCAGCAUAACAAGUGAAGAGGUGGCAGAGAUCUUCCACUGGAGCCUGAGUGACUCUCAAAGGGGCCUCGAGUGCUGAAACUCAGCACAGUGACUCUACACGUAAUGCGCCAGACACUCGGGAGGAACAUGGACUGUUACACAGAACGGACAAAAAAAAGAAAAAAGGAAGAAAAAAAAAAAAAAUUUUCUACAAACAAACUCAUAUUUUAAAACAAACUCUUUUACUCCAAACAAACAAGGCUGGAGGAUGGCAGGCAAUGGGGAAUGGAAGAACAGAAUGAGGAGCAUCUAUUUUGAUAACAGUCAAGAAAAAAAAAGUCACACAUACACACACACGCACACACUACACGUUUUUUGAACAUGAAUUCAUUUUCUUUUCUACAGUAACACUACUCCGGGGAGAUAGAAUGAAACCAGGAAAAGAACAUUGCAACACCAUGUUUCAUUUUGAGUCAUGUUUUGUUUUGACCUGUUGUAAAAUAUGCUGAUUUUACAUCACUUUUUUUUCUGAUACUUUCAGGCUUUGAACCUGCCUUUUUGUACAUAAUUCUUUGUUUCGGUGUGUUUCUAGCUUCACGUGUCCUACUUUGAUUGAUUGGUGCAAAUAUAUGAAUACAGAACGCUCAAAAAAACAAACUGAAGUCAUCCAGUGACUCAUAUUUUGGACCGAUACGGUGCUGGCUUGCAUUAGCUUCUCUUGAAAUGGCAGCAAGUUUUAUCGGGUGCGAAACCGUACCUGAAGAGCUUUUGCUGAUUUUUUUUGGCACUUGACUCUCAAAUAAUUUAUAGUUCCAACAAUCCCGACAAAGCUUCAGACAAUCAGAAGAUUACAAAAGACAAGAUAAAGUAGAGAUGAUGCUCAUUCAUGUGAGAUUUCACAGAGAAGACUUCUUAAAAAGAGCUAAGUAGAUUUAAAGCAUUCCAGAGAUUAUUAUCAGAAAGUUCUAAAUAUUGGUUCACUUUGAGCUGCUCCGCUUGAUGAAAUCCAAAGUUGCAUAACAGGGAUCACAUCUCACUCAGAGCUGCCUGUACAUAAGAGAAUUAAAUUUAUUUAGGCUUUCUUUUGAUUUCCUUGCAUCAGUGUAGUAAUGCUUCAGUUAUUUUAAUGACAACAUUGUCUGAACAUAGAAAUUUUAUGUUUUGCCGUGUUUGCUUUUUGUCCCACACAUCCCUUUUAUACAACGGGAGCCUGAAUCUUCCCCCCAACAAACCCCAAAAAUGUAUUUUCUGAAGCAAGAAUUAGAUGUUGUUAUUAGAGUAUGGAGUUGUUAUUACAUAGAUACGGAGAUCAACUGGUAAAGCGUGGCUCUGUCCUGUUAUAUCUUCAGAAGACAUUAUUUAGGUGGAUUGAUAUGGCCAGUGUAGUGAUGCUUUAAUAUUGGCCAUUGCUGUGUGUUUGCAUUUAUUUCUGCAUUUUUGUUUUUCACUUUCAUGUUGUUGUUUUUUUACAUCUCUUAUU